AUGCACUCAAAAAUUACAUUUAAUUUUUUAUUUCCUUCCACAGCUAAUAAUCACAGAGUACCACUCAAGAAUGAACAUCCAGAUUACAUCAAUGCAGCUUUUAUUAAUGGUUACAAAGAAAAGAAAGCAUUCAUAAUUGCAGAGAGUCCAAUGUUUAAUACAGCUAGAAACUUCUGGAAGAUGAUUGAUGAUAGAAAUGUGACUGCUAUUGUAAUUCUAUGCCAUGAAAAUGAAAACAAUCAAGAAGUUUGCUAUCAAUACUGGCCUUCAACAUCAAUUGCACUAGUAAUAGGAGAAUACAAUAUCACACUACUGAAUGAAAACACAAACAAUAGAUAUAUUGAAAGGAAAUUUGAAGUUAAGAAUAACAAUACUGGUGUUAAGCAAAGUGUGACACAGUUUCAAAUAACAAACUGGGAUUCAACUGGAGAAGUGAAGAAUCCUCAGACUAUUUUAAUGAUAAUAGAAGAAAUGUACAGAACACAAAGGAAAAGAGGAAACACAAGCAUUGUAGUACACUGCAGUGAUACAGUUGGUCGUUCAGCAAUGUUUUGUGCAGCUGCUACAACAAUUAAUAAAUGUAAAACUGAAGGAGUCAUUGAUGUAUUUCAAGUACUCAAAAGUCAACGUAUUCAAAAACCAGGCAGUGUACAGACUGUUCAACAAUAUCAAGGGAUAUUUCAGAUUGUACUGACAUAUUUGGAUUCAUUUGAGACGUAUUCAAAUUUUACUAGAUAGAAGUACUUUUGUGUGUUCUUAUGUAUUGUCAUUAUGCUUCUACAGUAACAGGUUAAAAAAG